AGCAAGCUAGCAAACCCUGCGGGAAGGCUUCUUCUUCCCCAGGUCUCCUUCCCCUCCUCUGCUGAUCCCUGUUCCCCAGCAGAGUCCAGACCUCCCGAAAGCAUCCCCUGCAGACUCUCUAGGCACGCGGCGGGGCGGGGCGGGGCGGGGCGGAGCGCGGAGUGGGCAUUUGGGGAUCCCAGCGUCGGCUGGCAGGCGAGUCCUGGGGCUGGGCGAGGACCUUGCUGCCUCGGCUUCGCUUGGCCAGAAACGGGGCUGCAGCCUGGCUCCCUCCCAUCCCUCUCUCCCUCCCACCCUGGUGUUCCCUCCCUCUCAGUGGUCCACACCCCCUUGGAGCGCUCACAGGAAAAGUCCAGCUGGAAUUGCUCCGCAUUGCACGGGAGAACCCUGGAGCCAGCGAGAGCGCAGGCGAGGCGCCAGGGCAGCGGCACUCAGUCGGUCUGUCUGUCCGCGGGCCUGCAUGCCCUGCCUGCCAGUCUAUCUGCUUGUCAUUCAUUGCUUCUGCCUUUCUAAGAUUGAGAGCAGAGUCAGGAGGCAGACUGAGGGCAGUGAGGGCAUACCUGGGAUAGAAAAGCCCACAGGACCAUAGGAUUUAGAGCUGGCAGAAACCUUGGAGCUCAUCUCUUGCCCUCUCCCUGCUAGUCCCUCCUCUACCUUCCCUCUCCGCCACCCCCCUUCCCCCCAGGUGAGCAUUGGAGCAAAGGGAAACCACAUUUAAAGAGCCGCCUUGGCCUCUUUGUUGAAUGAGAAAUUCAGAGCCAGGGCGUCACCAUGAACACCAGCAUUCCUUAUCAGCAGAACCCCUACAAUCCUGGGGGAGGCACCAAUGUCAUCCAGUGCUAUCGCUGUGGGGACACUUGCAAAGGGGAAGUGGUCCGUGUGCAGAAUAACCAUUUCCACAUCAGGUGUUUCACUUGUCAAGUGUGUGGCUGUGACCUGGCCCAAUCUGGCUUCUUCUUCAAGAACCGUGAGUAUAUCUGCACCCAAGACUACCAGCAGCUCUAUGGCACCCGCUGCCACAGCUGCCGUGACUUCAUCACAGGCGAGGUCAUCUCCGCCCUGGGCAGGACCUAUCACCCCAAGUGUUUCGUGUGCAGCUUGUGUAGGAAACCUUUCCCCAUCGGUGACAAAGUGACAUUCAGUGGCAAAGAAUGUGUUUGCCAGACAUGUUCAAACUCUAUGAUCAGUGCCAAGCCCAUCAAGGUUCAUGGACCAAGCCACUGUGCUGGCUGCAAGGAGGAGAUCAAACAUGGCCAGUCUCUCUUGGCCCUGGAGAAGCAAUGGCAUGUCAGCUGCUUCAAAUGCCAAACCUGCGGGACCGUCCUCACUGGGGAGUACAUUAGCAAGGAUGGAGUUCCAUACUGUGAGACUGAUUACCAUUCUCAGUUUGGCAUUAAGUGCGAGACGUGUGACCGGUAUAUCAGUGGCAGGGUCUUAGAGGCAGGAGGAAAACAUUACCACCCAGCCUGUGCCAGAUGUGUCCGCUGCCAACAGAUGUUCACAGAAGGAGAGGAGAUGUACCUCACAGGUUCUGAAGUAUGGCAUCCUAUCUGUAAACAGGCAGCUCGGGCAGAGAAGAAAUUAAAGCACAGGAGGACAUCUGAGACUUCCAUCUCCCCACCUGGCUCCAGCAUUGGAUCCCCUAAUAGAGUCAUCUGCGCCAAAGUGGAUAAUGAGAUCCUUAAUUACAAAGACCUGGCAGCUCUUCCCAAGAUUAAGUCCAUCUAUGAGGUCCAGCGCCCAGACCUCAUUUCCUAUGAACCCUAUCACAGAUACACGUCCGACGAGAUGCUGGAAAGAUAUAGCUAUGGGGAGUCGAUGGGAACCUUAUCUCCAUAUUCCCAGGACAUCUUUGAGAGUCUUGAUCUCCGACAGAGGCGUGCCUCUAGCCCAGGAUACAUUGAUUCUCCAACUUACAGCCGGCAGGGCAUGUCUCCUACCUUUCCCCGAUCACCCCACCAUUAUUAUCGCUCAGGUGCAGAGAGUGGGCGGAGCUCACCCUACCAUAGCCAGUUAGAUGUGAGGUCCUCCACUCCAACCUCUUACCAAGCUCCCAAGCACUUUCAUGUUCCAGCUGCUGGAGAAAGCAACAUCUACCGGAAACCCCCCAUCUACAAAAGACAUGCAACAAAAAGCAAAACCAGCGAAGAUAUCACCCAGUCCUCCAAGUAUGCUCCAGCCUACUCUCCAGACCUUUACUAUGGCUCAGAAUCUGAGUUCUGGACCUACCAUAGCUCCCCCAAAGUGCCCCGAGCCCGGAGGUUCUCAGCAGGAGGAGAAGAGGAUGAUUUUGACCGUGGUCUGCAUAAGAUCCAGAGUGGGAUUGGACGGCUGAUCCUGAAGGAAGAGAUGAAGGCUCGUUCUAGCUCCUAUGCAGAUCCCUGGACCCCUCCCCGGAGCUCUACCAGCAGCAGAGAAGCCUUGCACACUGCUGGCUAUGAGACUUCCCUCAAUGGCUCUCCCCGGUCCCAUUACCUGGCUGACAGUGAUCCCCUCAUCUCCAAGUCAGCCUCACUUCCUGCUUAUAGGAGAAAUGGGCUUCACAGGACACCCAGUGCAGAUCUCUUUCACUAUGACAGCAUGAAUGCUGUCAACUGGGGAAUGAGAGACAACCUGCAAACAAGACUCUGGCUACUGAGUGGAGGUGAACAUGGCACACGCAGUGCAUUUCCAUUUGGCAAAUAGCUGCCAAGCUCUCCUACAUAGAGAAGCACCCGGUCCAUAUGUCUUCCCUUCUUGCUGAAGCCAGGAGCCCAAGGGACUGAGUUAGCUGCCAAGAGUACUGUCCAUCCUCUUCCCCAGGCUCCCCUGAGGUGUGUCAGGAUGGAAUGAAUUACCUACCCCCAAAGAUUGCCUCCUGAAUGUCUCUCAGGAGUGGAGAAUGGGAUUUGUUGGGGAAAGGGAGGGGAGGAUGGAGAGGGAAAAGUCUUGAAAUGUGAAACAUUGCUAAAGUUGGGGAGAGGGAUGAGGCACUAUGGUGGGAAUCAGUCUGGUAACAUAAAUUGAUCUGUCUUUCUUUUUUCUCUCUCUGCAGAAUAUAAGAUCUAUCCAUAUGAACUGCUCCUGGUGACCACCAGGGGGAGAAACCGACUACCCAAAGAUGUGGACAGGACACGUUUAGAACGUCACCUCUCCCAAGAAGAAUUCUACCAGAUCUUUGGCAUGACCAUCACUGAAUUUGACCGACUGGCCCUCUGGAAGAGGAACGAACUGAAGAAACAAGCCCGGCUCUUCUGAGAUCAAAAUCUAUAAAUAGACAUUUAUAUAAAGAUAUAUGUAUAAAUCUCUAUAUUGAAACUCAGUAUAACCCACUCUCAUAUGGAAGGAGAUGCUGCCUGCAGGGAUAUUUGCUUUUCUGGACUGCCAGGCAAUUUCUAAGUUAUUCAAAAGUUUAUAUCUUCUUCAUUUCCUCUUUUCUAAGUGCAUUGAGAUCCGGGGAGGGAUUUUCAGGGGGCUCUAGCCCUUUCACUAGGAUUCUUUUUAUACAGAAACAUCAAGUUCGUCUUAACUAGGGCUCCUCUAACCCUCACCAGAGUCCCAACCCUCUUCAUAACAGAGGUUAUGGGAAUCUCUUCUCUGUUUGAUCCCCUGUUUCUUUCCCAAGCUUCCACUGUGUACUUCACAUGGGGAAGUAGAAAGAGCACUCGAUUUCUAGUCAAAGGCCCUGGGUUCAAAUCCUAGCUCUACUACUUAUUACAUGGGUCACCUUGGGUAAAUCAUUUAACUCUUCUGGGCCUCCAUUUUCUCUUCCACAAAAUGAGGGGGCUGGACUAGAUUAUAUCUAAGGUGCCUUCUAGCUGUGGUUCAGACCCCUGAUUGGAUACUCCCACGGAGUAAUCCACAGGGCUCUCCAGCAUCUUUGAGCCCCUCUGGCAGCCAACUGAAGAGAGAAAAGACUUUUUCACUGUUUCAUUUGUAAUUAGGAAAUUUUGGAAGAAAAGAAGAGGUGAUCUAGGUAGAUUUUACAGAAUGAGUCCCCCCUCCACCCCCCAUCACUGGAAAUCUUUCAGUGGAAUGGACUGGUAGAGAGGAUUCCUGCUCAGGUACAGGUUGAACCAAAUAAACUAUGGGGUCCCUCUCAGCUCUGAUAUUUUAUUAUUCUCUAAGGAAAAACUUCCUGACAACUAGAGCUGUCUAACCAUGGAAUAUAUUGCCUCAUGAGUUAAUGAGUUCCCCCAUCAGUGGAAGUGUUCAAAUAGAGGCUAGAUGAACAUCUUCCAGAAAGAAUGGAGACAGGAUUUCUGCACUGAGUGGAGGAGGGAGGGGACUAAAUGAAUUCUAAGCUCCCUUCCAAUUCUAAGAUUCUAGGAUUCUCUUCCUCUAGUCCAACACUUUUAUUCUAUCCCUUUACACAUCAACCAGUUACAUCAGUGAAUAGUGAUGCCCUAGGAGGAAUGACUUCACCUUGUUUCCCCUCCAGACUUCUUUCCUCAAUCAUGAUCUUUCCUUUGCUCAGAAACCAGAAUAAGGAUCACUAACCCUUCCUCUCUUGCUCUAGACUGCCUGACUUUUUCCCCUCUUCAGGGUAGACCAAUCCCCUAAACCUCUAUGAAUUCUAAACUCUAUAUUCAAUGUGCCUAGUGUCUCAAACACACAACAGGGAUGAUGCUCUCAUCAUUCCCCUUCUUGAUUCUAAGAAAGUUUGUGUAAUUCCAAGGAAGAUUUAUAGCCGGACACCUGUUCCCCUUGAGUAAGCACUAUGCUUUCUUGGGCCCUCUGGCUCCAUUCCUCAGAUCCGGGUGUGGUUCACCAGGAUGGCACCGGAGUAGCAGCUGCUGAGUGGAAUAUAAUGGCUUAUAUUCCUGGGACUCCCUUUGCUUCUGCUUCCUCCCUUAACUGGCCCCUCUGCCCUUUGGAAUGGAUGCCUCUCACUCUCACAUGCCUGCCUUCUUUCUUGAAAGAGUGAUGGCCUGAGGAGCCAGUAAUAUAUCACAACUUAUUUUCCAGGAAGCCCCAUGCCUCUACCUUCUCUCUUAACUGCCCUGCAAUGGUGGAUGGCUCCUGUAAGGAGAAACAAAGAAUAAAGCAAGUCCACAGGUCACAUAGAACUGACAAAAGAUGAGGCUAUGUCUUCUUUGUGGUUCCUGUUGGUGGAAUGAUAAAGGUUCUUCUGUUUGAUAAGAGCUUGUCAGGGCCUAUAUUAAACUAGUGAGGAGGCUGUGGCCUGAAGUCUUGUGAAGGGAAACCUAAAGACCAACAUUUUGAUGCUAUCAUUUGAAAUUCUAACCUGUAUUACAUACUUGCUUCCUAUUCAGAUCUUUUUGGCUUGUAUAGUCUGGGCCAGAAGCCACCUUAGGAGUUGAGAUCUGAUUAUUUGGAAAGAUUUGAAAAAAAUUUUGGUUAUUGUUGUUGGAUUUUUCCCUCUCCAUAAAACACAUACUUUCAACUAA